AGCUCCACAGCCUACGAAGGCACCGACAUUCCUUGGACGCUGCCUAUCGAGCUCUCCGACGCCGCCAUGGAAAUAAAGGGCAACGUCCUCGACCUCACAGACGACGCCCAAUGGGCAGCCACCGUCCCGCCACACCAAGGCCGUGUCCGCCUGGGCCCCAACAACCGCACGUUCGCCGUCUCCAUGUACCACCAGCUCCACUGCCUCAACGUCCUGCGCAAGGUGGUCGUCGACGCGCGGGAUAAUCGCACCCAUGUCGAGCAUUGUUUGCCGUUUCUGCUGCAGGGCCUGCUGUGCCGCGCGGACAUCACUCUCGAGCACUCGGCGGUGCUGGAGCACAAGGGCGAGAAGGAUCUCGGCGCCUCUGGCGUGGGUGAUGUGCACAGGUGCGGUGGCGAUUGGGCGCAGGUGAGGCGGUUCGUGGAAGAUAAUCAGGCCGCCUGGUGA